AUGCUACUCUACCAUCAACAAUAUCAUCAACAACAACAAGAACUACAACGCCUGGGCAAUACUGCUGCUGCUCACAGUUUAAGCCCGAAUGGAGGAAACAACAACAACAACUGCAAUCAAUCCAAUAACAAUCACUCAAACAAUCAUUUGGAUGUAAUACGACAGAAUGGAGUCGCUGCUCUGAAUUAUCUUCAACAACAACUGCAAUUGCAGCAACCGCAAUCACAACAACCACUACUAUCACCACCACCGUACCAGCAACAGAUGAAUGGACACUCAUCCCGUCAACAACAACAGCAUAAGCAUCAACAACCCUCCAGUUGUGGCAGUUUGAACAAUGGUCACACCAACAACCAUGCCAACAGCGACAGCAAUGAGAUGCUGCACAGCAUUAAAUCGAGCCAAAUCAACAAUUAUACCAACAGUGGUAUAAACCAAAACAACACCAGUUACACCAAUAAAAGUAGUAGUGGCCUGCCACUCACAAACAGCAGUAACAGUGGCCUGGGACUCAACAAUAGUUGCACCAACAACAGUGGCAAUGGUCUGUCACUCACCAACAAUUACACAAACAGCAGUAAUAGUGGGCUGGCACUCAACAACACCCACUCCAACAACGGUGGCAGUGGUCUGGCACUCAACAACAGUUACGGCAACAUUAGUGGAAAUAACCUGGCACUCAACAAUACCAGUAGUUACACCAACAACAGUAACAGUGGCCUGUCACUCAAUAACACUUGCUCCAACAACAGUAGUAGUGGUCUGGCCCUCAACAACAGCUUCCCCAACAAUAGUGGGAAUAGUCUGUCACUAACCAACAGCUUUACCAACAAUAGUAGCAGUAACAGUGGUCUAGCGCGUCACAGCAAUUCAGGUCACACUGGCAGCUACACCAACAAUCAGAACAAUAGCCGCACAGGCAUCUCCAAUAGCUGUAGCAACAACAGCAAUGGCUUGCCACACAACAACAGUCAUAGCAAUCAGAGCAACGGCAGCCAUAGCGUGAGGACAUAA